AUGAUUGUGUUCAAGCGCCCGCUGCUGGCCAAGAGUUGGCGGUCACUGCUGCACCGCCCGAGCCGCCUGCUGCAACACCCGAGAUCCCGGCGCUGCCCGCUGCAACGCCCGAGGUCCCGGCGCCGCCUGCUGGCCGAGAGUCAGCGGCACCUGCUGCAGUGCCUCCUGUCGGUGGUCACUGCUGCACUGCCCUCGCCUGAGGUCCUGCCGGCCCUGCCCGCACCUGAGGUCCUGGCGCCGGCUACGCCCCCUGUCCCAGCUCCGCCCGCAGCGUCCUGCGGCUCCUGCUCGGCUGUCGCCUCCGGGUCCCCUUGCUUCAGCUUGGCGUCGGAUGGUGCCUUCCCCAGCUCCGGCUGCGCCUAUGCCUGCCGAGUGCAGUCUGUGGCAAUAGACCUGGCACAGGAGCAAGUUCUGGUGGAGUCCACACUAAUGUCUCAGGAGGUGCAGGCGCUGAUUGAGAGCACAGGGCGGCGCGCGGUGCUGAAAGGAGUGGGCACUUCCGGGCAAGACCUGGGUGCGGCAGUGGCGAUGCUCGGCGGCAUGGGCUCCAUCCAGGGUGUGGUGCGCUUCCUUCAGGUCACCCCUGAGCGCUGCCUGAUUGACGGGACCAUUGACGGCUUGCAGCCGGGCCUCCAUGGCUUACAUGUCCAUGAGCUUGGCGAUCUCACACAGGACUGCCUGAGCUGUGGGGAGCAUUACAAUCCCUUUGGAAGACAACACGGUGCACCCCAGGACACAGAGAGGCAUGCAGGUGACCUGGGAAAUAUCCUAGCAGGACCAGAUGGCAGGGCGUUGUUCCGACUGGAGGACUCUCAGUUGAAGGUGUGGGACAUUAUUGGACGCUCUCUGGUUGUGGACUCUGGAGAGGAUGACCUUGGUGCAGGAGGCCAUCCAUUGUCUAAAAUAACUGGAAAUUCUGGACAGAGUCUUGCCUGUGGCAUCAUCGCUCGCUCUGCUGGCCUUUUCCAAAACCCAAAGAUGAUCUGUGCCUGUGAUGGAGUCACUCUUUGGGAGGAGAGAGAUCGGCCUCUUGCAGGUCCUGGCCGCAGGGCCCCUGAGACACCAGCAGCCAAUCUGUGAAGAGAACUGCGCUUUGUUAUCGCUGUUGUUGUUGCUGUCGCUGUCAACUGGAGAGCUGUGUUCAAACAGAGAAUCAAGGAGCACUGAGUCAGGGUGUGUAAUGAUGCUUUCAAUGCUUUCAUUCUGUGAAAUUAAACUCUUGAAAAACA